CGAGCAAAACGAUAGUUAUUUGCCCCUUUUGAGGACGGGACCUGUCUGGUUGAACUCUGGUUCACGCUAGGAAAUGGCGCUGCGGGCUCUAGGCCGCCAGCUUCGUAGCUUGAACUUGAUCCCUGUUGUCCAGCCAAGACGCUUUUUCGGUGCUAGCGCACAUCACGAUGACGAGCACGAGGAGGAGCACGGCCCAGCGCAGACGCCCACAGUCUUUGACAAGCUUGUGGAAAUCACUGUCGUGGAUAUGAACGGUGUCCUCCAUAAAGUCCGCGGCCUUGCGGGCCAGACCCUGGCGCAGGCGCUUAUCGAGUAUGGGUUCCCGGCGACCUACUUCUUCCCCAACAUGGGCUUCUACACGCAGCACAUUCCCGAUGCGCACGUGUAUGUCCCUAAGGAUUAUUGGGGCAAGAUGCCGAACAUUGACCCGGAGAGCGAGGAGGGAGGUGCUGUGAAGCGGAUGUUCCGCGACAUCGUGCAGGAUUACCAGCGCGAUACCUCGUACUUUGCUUCCUACAUCACGCUAGGCCCGGAGCUGAACGGCAUGACUGUGGGCAUCGGCCCCAUCAAGCCGUGGAUCUUGCAUUCUGACUGGGCUUUCGCCGGCGUGCACGACAGCAAAGCAAAGCAGUUUGACAAGCCGACCGUGGAGAUUUGGGGCUAAGGACCGCGAUACGGUACCUGCUCCCCUUUUAAUCAACCGAAGGCAUCAUUAGUAAGGAGGAAAGGGGGGGUCCGCUCCGGAUUGCUGCUUGGCGCGCGCUGGGGAUAUAACCCACGCAAGCGCGCGCGUGAAGAGGACGGUUACCUCAAAAAAGGACAGUUCCUGCCACGAUGCCGGGUUGGCUUAUUCUUUCUCUUAACACGGCCCAUGCGCAGCUAUUGCAAGGGGGAGAGCGCAGAACGAGGCACAUUACCAUGUGAUGUUGCAGGUGGUGUAGUGAAGCACUAGGGUUUAACCUUGAGUGGGGACGCAUGAGGAGCUUAAUGUUUGUCUUGGAGGAGUUGCGUAGGUUCCUGACAGCUUAAUAGAGGUUUUCUGUCUGUGGGAGAAACUCCAGGCUGCUUGGGGAGAGGGGUUUUCCCUUGUCUCGAUACACGUCUUCUCCGUCGAUGGAUGGGCCUUGGUGACGUGACGAUGUCAUCCCUGGAGCAGUUGUGACACUAAAGGGAAAUCGACUGAAGAGCGGAAGGGGAGUCGACUGAACAAGAAGUGGGACUUGGGGUUUAGUUCAGACCUUGGUUUGCGGGUUGGUGUUUGGGUCAUUGGUGGAUGUUUGGGCGCGAUUCCGGGGCGCCGCCUCCUUUUGUGGGUGGGUAGGAAGAAGAGGGUGGACGGCAUGUGUGUGUGUCUGCAAAACGUAUUUUUCCUUUUAUGUAAAUGUGGUUGUUGCGGAGGUUGCUGAAGAGCACUGGGACAUGCAAGCUUGAGUCCU